AUGCGCUUUAACGAAAACAGAUGGGAAGUCGAGCUGCACAUUCACUUAGAUGGUGCAUUCCGGCCAUCCACUGUGUAUAGAUAUGCCGAAAAGAAGGGAAUACACGUACCUGGCUCUAAUGCGGAGGAAUUUACGAGUAGAUUAGCAAUAACGCAACCAAAUUCUCUCAGUUCAUUUUUACAAACGUUUGACUAUAUCAUCUCACCUAUUGCAGGUGAUAAAGAAGCUAUCAAUCAGAUAACACUCGAUUUUGUUGAAGACUGUGUUACCCGAGGUGGUCACUGCUAUGUGGAACCACGAUUCUCACCCCACAUCCUCACUGGAGGCAAGUUGAGUGCCGAGGAGGUCACUAAGACGGUUCUUGACGCGCUGGAACGUGGUGGCGCAAACCACGACCUCCAAUGGCGUGCCAUCCUCUGCAUGAUGCGAGGCAAUCCCGAGUGGUCUGAUGAUGUCGUUGCUAUCGCCAAGAAAUUUCAGCCUUAUGGCGUUGUCGCUGUCGAUGUUGCCGGUGAUGAUAAACCAUGUGAUGGAACGAACACAGACCCACGGAUAAAGGAGGCCUUUAAGAAGGCCAAGGCGGGGGGUCUACACUGCAUAGCCCACGCGGGUGAGAACGGGCCAGCGGCUUCAGUCACCGAGGCCGUCCAUGAGAUGUUUGCGGAGCGAAUCGGCCACGGGUACCACAUUUUAGACGAUCCAGCAGUCUACAAAGACGUGCGCGAAAGGAAUAUUCACUUUGAGGCAAGUUUUAGUCCUUCAAAUGUGUGCCCCCUCUCUAGCAAACUGACGGGCUCAGUCCACGGCGAGUGGUCCUCGCACCCAAUCACUCGCUUCGAAGCUGACAAAGUCAACUACUCCAUCUCCACCGAUGACCCCACAGUGACAGGUCAGUGGAUGCAGGCGGAGAAGCGUAUGCUCGCUAUGCAAAUGGUGCUGGAGGGUGAGCAGUUUCACAUGGCCAAUCUGCGUGCUGCUGAGGCCUGCUUCCUCGGUGCUGAGGACAAGGCUGCGAGUGCGACUUCCGGCGUCAAUCAUGCGGCUCUAAGCGCGCAGCAGCCACCCGGCCGGCGUGCGGAGGAGCUGUGA